AGGAUGGUAAGGUGGUGGAUGGCAGCCUGUUGGGUGAUGCCAACGGGGGUAGAGCCAAGUCCAGGAAGAGUGAAGGAGUCUGGGAAAUGGCAGAAGCCCCGGUUCACACGCAAAGCCCUGAUGAGCUGUCUGGUGAAAUGGAUCGUCACCAGCAGGACAACACCAGACAAAGAUGACAGUAGUGAGAGUGAUUUGGAGCUGUCUACGGUUCGUCACCAGCCAGAAGGCUUGGACCAGCUGCAGGUUCAGACCAAGUUCACCAAGAAGGAGCUCCAGUCUCUAUACAGGGGCUUCAAGAACGAGUGUCCCAGUGGUUUGGUUGAUGAAGAGACGUUCAAGACCAUCUAUUCUCAGUUCUUUCCCCAAGGAGACGCCACCACCUAUGCACAUUUCCUGUUCAAUGCGUUUGAUAUGGACAGAAACGGCUCUAUUCGUUUUGAGGACUUUGUGAUCGGCCUGUCUGUUCUUCUGAGAGGGACAGUCACAGAGAAACUCAACUGGGCCUUCAACCUGUAUGACAUCAACAAGGACGGAUACAUCACUAAAGAGGAGAUGCUGGCUAUUAUGAAGUCCAUCUAUGAUAUGAUGGGCAGGUACACCUACCCCAGUGUACGGGACGAGGCACCCUCUGAACAUGUGGAUAAGUUCUUCCAGAAAAUGGACAGAAACCGAGAUGGAGUGGUGACCAUUGACGAGUUCAUUGAGACCUGUCAGAAGGAUGAGAACAUAAUGAACUCCAUGCAGCUUUUUGAGAACGUGCUCUAGACCCCAGCAGAACGUUCUACGCUAUUCCCCCAACAUCCGAUCCUGUACUUCUGUCUAUACACAAGUUCUGUCCAAUCCCAAGACGCACACACACACACAAACUACAUCUAGUGCAGCAUGUAUAGGAUUAGCUAUCCACAGAUAUGUAGAUGUGUAGAAACUAGUUUCUUUACUGCUGCACUAGUCUCAACCUGCCACUGCUUCUGGACUAAAGAGAACAAUAGAGAAAGAGAAGAGAGCUAGUGGGACCUCUGCUACUUUAAAGAUUCUCAGCCUCCCAGAAAAAAAAGAAAAAAGGACCAAUAGGCUCAACACUGCUGAUCCUAUGAGCUUCUAGUACUCUGCCUCCUCAUUGGACCCAAAAGACAAAUGACCAAUCAAAUGAUGGAGAGUGUGAGAGUGGAAAUAGAGGAUAAAAACCCAUCACGAUGUUGCUGGCCUCCAGAUAAGGAUGCUGUAGCUAUAACACACAGUGUCUUGGCACUUACACAUUCUGUACACACACAUACUAUCUGUCUGCACAUAAACAUACUACACACACACUCAAUCUCCCCACACUCACAAAUGCUGUACAAAACACACACGCACACACACACCCUUCCCACCCAGCAGAGGCUUGCCAGGAAAGGAUAUCUGUGGACACACUGACACACUUCUCUGAAGAGUGUUUGAGAGAGUUGAUGUAGCGUACAGAAAGCUGGACUGAUCCUGAGCAGGGGCACCGGCACCAAACACCACAGGGACACUAAAAAGAAAAGAACUGAAGCAUGUUUGUCAGAUGUGAUGUGUGAUUUGCUUGCACUAAGAAUUGUUCAUAUUGUACAAUAUGCACCAGAAGAGAAUGCAUUGAUUGUAAAUGUAGAUAGUCACUGUAGACCACUAAAGAAAAACUCAGUGUGUAUGUAGAUAUGUAUAGACAGUAAUAUAUAAUAAUAGCAUCCUAAAGCCAGGUGUCAAGCUCUUACCUGUACUCCACUAUGGGUUACAGGUGUUAAAGUUAAGGCCAGACAAAAUCUGUGUGGAUGUUUUCUUACCACUUACAAAACACUAAUUAAUAUAAUUGUAGCCUAACAUGUUUAAUAUAAGAAUUAUUGGAUCAUUUGAUCCUACAGGUAUCUUGUUUAAUUCCAAGUCAGUUCUGGAGUGUAGAGGGUACCCCUACGGUUGGUGGGUUCUAUACCUACUGGUUGCAUCUGGUCAUAGUUCUAAAUGACACAGGGAGGUUCGCUGGUUCUGCUCGGUCACCAACGGACCUGCGAGUCAGAAUAAGCUUUAGAUGUACAGUGUGUCAGUGCCACCUUAUUAUUAUUAUUAUUAUUAUUACACAUAUUAUAAGACAGAUAUACUACGAUGUAUAUGUGUUGUAAACUAAAGCCAUCCUCAGAGGAAUAGAGAGUAUACAACUAGGGCUUGAUCCCUCUUCUUAAUCCCUCAUCAGAGUUUUAGUUUUGUUAAUGACCCAACUGGCACCCUAAUCCCUUUCAAAAGUAGUGCACUAUAAAGGGAAUAGGGUGCCAUGGCCCUGGUCAAAUGUAGAGCACUAUAAAGGGAAUAGGGUGCCAUUUGGGACCUCUGUGAUGUCAUCAUCUGAGGUAUGAGCACUGGCCACUAGUGAUGACAUCACUAUACUUACCUAUCCUAAACCAUGAUAAGGUAUGUGUUUGUUGUUGUUGUACUACAUAUGUAUAUACACAGUAGUGAAUAUGGGAAGAGUGUUCCUGUGGCAUAAAGUAUCAUUACAUUUUCUCAUUGAAACCAGGGACAAUUCUGAGACAGCAAAACUAUACCAUAAUCCUGAUAUGGUAAUACCACCAUUUGUACCUGUAACAUGUUGACAGCUCAGACUGCAGAAAACACAGCCCUAUACCCAGCCCAACCUCAUACCCCCAUACUUAAGCCCUAACUAUAGCCCCUAUCCCAAGGCCCUAUACUGUACCCAGUGGACCUGUUCUAGGAAAUCACAUGUUGUCUCAGAAGUAGAGUGUUGUAACAGAGGUUCUCUGUCUCUCCCAUAACAACAUAACUCAUGUGACCUAGCCUAGAACAGAUUAGGUAUGUCCGUGUGUGUGUGGCAUGAAUGAAUGAAACAGACUAGAGACCAGACCAUGGAACUAAAGCAUACACAGACAGCAUGGCCUGGCCUAGAGCGCUCUCUCUCUUUCUCACUCACACACACAAAGUCAUGCAGUAAAACUGCAGGAAACUGUGGUUAUUGCCCCAGUCCACAUUUCAACAGUAGGAGGAUUGCACAAUAUUACAGUGCUUCUGAUGUCCAUAAUACAAUCUGGAGACAUAGUUUUUUAGCAGUUUCUCCCCCCUCUUGGUCUUGUUUUAGGUGACCUAUUUGGCCAACCUGGAACCAUGUUUAGACGUAACAUAGUAAACUUAAAUCCGCGACACUCCAGUUACUAUGAUAUGUAAGGUAUGCAUUAAUUUGUGGAAUUCCAUCAUCCAUUUCAUGAUAUGUUAUGUUAUGUUAUGUUAUGAUAUGCUAUUUGGGGUGGCAGGGUAGCCUAGUGGUUAGAGCGUUGGACUUGUAACCGGAAGGUUGCAAGUUCAAAUCCCCGAGCUGACAAGGUACAAAUCUCUUGUUCUGCCCCUGAACAGGCAGUUAACCAUUUGUUUUUUUUCCUAGUUAAAUAAAGGUAAAAAAAAAAUAUAUAUAUAUAUAUAUAUGUUAUGAAUUGCAAUCUGAAAUGUAUAGGCUACAAAUUGCAAGACAGAUCACUCUGGAGUCAAUGUUAACAUAAGGUGCAAUUUAUCCUAUUAAACACCAAAAAUGUG